CAGCGGCGGGCUUCGCUCAGUCUCCCAGGCUGCCGUGGGGCUGGCCGCGCCAUGCCUGCGAAAGCAGAAGUCAUCCUGAGAUACGGACCCUACAGUGCCGUGGGCCUGGCCGUGGAGCACCGCACCUUCCGCCUGGAGGGCCUGCAAGCUGUGUUGGCCAAAGGUGGACACAAGGUCGUCCUAGAGAAGAUAGAAGAGUGGAAUGUUGUGGAGCUCAUGGUGAAUGAAGAUGUUGUCUUCCAGUGCACUAUUACAGACUUGGAGUUCGCCACAUUGGAUGACAGCAUUUCAGAGAUGAAGGCUGCUGCUGUGGCCCCGGGACUGGCUGGGCCAGAUCAGAGCCAAUGCCCAGGUCUGUAUGACCUAGAUGAGGCUGCCCCAACAGGCAAGGCCCUGGGGAGCAGGAGGAGGGUGGAACAUGCUCCUGCUCUCAGCAGAGGGACAGAGGUGUGGGUUGUACAGGUUUUCCUGAGAAAACGACUAUAGCAGGGAGAUGUUUAGGAAAAUCAUCCCUUUCCCAGUGCCCCAUUCAGUUUACCACAGUUUAUCACAGCAAUUGUUGCUGCUUGCCAGGCACUGUGACUUGCAGGCUAUACCAGCACUGGCCCACUGGUGUGGAGGUUCACCAUGGUGCUUAAGACACACAUCUCAAAGGCUUCAAGAUCCCCACAAAAGCACCCCAAAUCCCUCUACUGGACAGGGGAAGAUGCGACAUUUGUGUUUGGGAAAAUGCUUCGGCAGUUGCUCACCUAGAAGUGUGUCAUAUUUGGAAUGGAAAAACAGCAAUACUGUGGCUUUCUUUGUCAGCCACACCAUCUGCACAGCUCCAGGGUGGGGCCAGGCAUGAAUGCCAGCUCCCUCCCACUACUCCGAUCACUGCAGAUGCUGCCUCUCAAUUCUCAGUUUUCUCACCUAUAAAAUACUCCCUCCCAGGACUAUUCCAAGGACAAAACAAAAGAAUACAAAGAGAAGAGCCCGCUGGUCUCCAGGGAGCCCUCCUUCAGUAAAGGUUGGUGGCUACAAUUCAUUUGUUGACUCUUGUGCUUUCUCAUUUGUUCUCGAAGGACAUAGGUAACUUUUCUCUCAGGGACACAACAUGUGGUUUUCCGGACCCUCUGUCAUAAAGCCUCAGUGUCUGUUUCUUCAGCCUUCCUUUCCAGGCUGGCAGGCCUGAGAAGGAGAUGGCUACAGGGUAUUUUCAUUUUGCACUUCAGCUGGAAGUCAAGGUGACAAGCCACACGUGGAGGUAGAUAAUUUGUAAAAUAGUUCUGUUCCAGCCUCCACAUUUUAAGAAUUCUCUCCUAUUAUGUUAGAAAUGUCCUUGGGUGUUCAAAGAGAAAAUAGCUCCCAUUAUUGCACCCCAGAAACCCAUGUGGAGAACAUCUGUUGAACCCCAGUUGGCCACAUUGACCAGCCUGGGGGCUGUACUGACCCUGAGCUGCCUGGCUUAGUUCUUCUCACAUCGACCCUGUAAGGAAGAUCCAAGUCCAGAGGCUCAGGGCACAGCACACUCGGACAUCUGGAGGUGAAUCUUAGGAAAGCUACUUCCACUCUCUAGGCCCCAACAUCUUAAUCAGCAGCAUGGAAGGAAGCUGUGCCUAAAUAUUAUUGAGACCAGACACAAAACAGAAGGACAAUGGAGUAAAUGAUGCAGAAGCCACAAGGCAGCUAAGCAUGGGAGCCAGAGAAGGAACAGAACCUGGGAGUUUGGCUUUUACAAGGGAACAGGACUAAAAUAUUCUGUGUGAGAUGGAGGACUGGUCCCCACAUCUCUGCUCAAAGUCAGGUGUCAAGAUGUACAUUAUUGGUUGGGAAAUAUGGCUGAAACAAGCCUGGUCCACUGUCUGAAAAGUGGGUUUAUUUGAGGUUCUGGAUCUGAAGAGAAGGCUGGGCAAUGAACUCAAAUUAAUCAAAGUCCCGAAGCUGGCUUAUUGUCUAGGCCUAGGGUUUUGCUAGCAUCACCACAGGACAGAAUCUGUAGUCUGAAACACAGUUCUUCUCCAUCCACGGGGGAUUCAUUCCAGGACACUCAGUGGACUCUUGAUAGCACAGACAGUACUGAAUUGUAUAUUUGUGUGUGUCCCCCUUAUCCACAACUUUGCUUUCUGAAGUUUCAGUUACCCAUGGUCAACCACUGUCUGACAAUAUUAAGGGGAAAAUUCCAGAAAUAAAUAAUUCGUAAGUUUUAAAUUGUGACCCCCCUCUCAAUAGUGUGAUGAAAAUUCAUUGUCUGCCCCAUCCUGUGUGGAGUGUGAGUCAGCACCUUGCCCAGCGUAUCCAUGCCGUAUACACUACCUAUCCAUCCUGUAGUUGUCUUGGCUGUCAGACCAACUGUACUAGCAUCACAGUGCCUAUGUUGAAGUCACCCUUAUUUUAGUUAAUAAUGGCCCCAAAGAGCAAGAAUAGUGGCACUGGCAAUUCAGAUCUGCCAAAGAGAAGCCACAAAGUGCUUCCUUUAAGAGAAAAGGUAAAAGUUCUUGACCUAAAAGGAAAGGGAAAAAUUGUUGCUAAAAUCUACACUGUUACUAUUACAUAUGUAUAGGAUAAAUUGUGUGUGUGUGUGCGUGUGCGCGUGUAUGCGUGUGUGUGUGUGUGUGUAAGUUCUGGUGCUGUGCAAGCUUUCAGGCAUCCCUUAUGGGUCUUAGGUUGAAUGCCCCAAGGAUAAAGGGAUUGCUGUCUAAUGCUUUGUCCGGUGAGAUUAUCCACAAGACUGAAACACUGAUGGACAAGGCAGAGAGAAGAGAACAAAACAACCAAGACAUUCUCCUUAGAAUAAAGCAGCACAUCAACAUUCCAAAAUACAAGGCAGAAAGCAAAUUCAGAAAAAGAUACCAACAAAUCAAUAAUCAGAACAUGGAUUUGCUUCAGAUAAAAGUUAAGUUUAUAAAAUACUUUGACAAUACUUCAAAAUUACUAGAAACUACUAAGAAGUUUUUAAAAUACUAUCCAUUAAAAACGAAAUCAAGAGG